AUGGGUGUCCUUGAAAUAAAGGUCAAAGCAUUUAUUUUUCUCCUUUUGGCCAAUAAUGUAAGGGUAAUCCUAUUAAUUUUAGCAUUUUAA